UUAUCUGUGAAAGGUAAACGUAAAUUCUAACAUAAACCCUACCCAAAUUUCUCCUCCCGAUAAAACCCUAACUCCCAGAAACAUGUUUCCACAAGAAAUUAUCGUCGAUAUAUGUUCCCGAUUACCUGCGAAAUCAGUCGGAAGAUUUCGUUGCGUUUCCAAAUCAUGCAAUUCUCUUCUUUCCCAACCCCAAUUCAUCAAAAUUCACCUCAACCAAACCAAACAAUUCCCAAGAAAUCAAGAGUCACUCAUCUUCCUUGGUAUUCCUAAUUUCGUCCUCUAUACUACCCAAUUGAACAUUACCCACCACAUGUCCGAUGAAAUUACCGCUUUCGCAACGAAGCUCAAUUUUGCUAAUCACUGUGGCAUUAAUGGUGUAGCUUCUUGUGAUGGUUUGGUUUUAGUUAUAGAUCUGAAAUUCAAUAUGUGGUUGUUAAACCCAAUUACUAUGAAGAUUAAAGAAUUACCCAGCUCACAUGAUGUUCUUAAUUAUCCUGCUGAUCCUUCCAAUUCUGGAUUAUUUAAGUGCGUUUAUGGAUUUGGGUAUGAUUCAUUUAGUGAUGAUUAUAAGAUUGUUACCAUUUCUUUUCAUGACAUUAUUGUUAGUAAUGAUUAUCGUGAAAAUGAGUGUAGUGAAAGAUUUGUUAAUGUGUAUUCUGUUAGAAAUAAUUCUUGGAAGAAAGCUGAGAGUUCACCAUACUAUCAUAAGUUAUCUAGAGCUUCAGGGAUUUAUGUUAAUGGAUGCCUUCAUUGGGUAGCAUGUCGAUAUUCAGAUUUUUCAGAUUUUUCACCUGUGAUAGCAACAUUUGAUUUAAAAGAGGAAAGGUUUUACGAAAUGCCACUACCUAGUUCAAUUGAUUUUAAGAAAUCGUCCUUAUAUGUUGAGAUGCUUGGAGGGUGCUUAGUUAUUCAGGCUUUUAAUAGAUUUGGUGUCAAUGAUUUGUGGAAGAUGGAAGAAUACGGUGUCGCGAAGUCUUGGAGUCGAUUUUCGAUCAGUAAUCCUGACCUGCAAUUGAGUAGGCCUAUUUGUUUUUUAGGGGAUGAUCAAAUGUUGUUGUUGGAGCAUAGUGGUGUGUUGAGUGAAAAGCAUAUAAUGGCAUUAUGGAAUUUGGAAGAUGAUACUUUAAAGGAAGUUGAAGUUCAUGGCUUUGAGGGUAGAUGUUUUUCUACAAUGACUGUUGUGGAUAGCCUUGUCUCACCUUAUUGCUAUGAUGAAGCUAUAUGACAGUUUUGGUUUGUUCAUAGCAUUGAGGGUAGAUAGAUAUCUUGCUCGAGUAUGGAUCAUAAACUACUACUCCUGUGUUUCUGAUCUAAUAGGAUUGUAAGAAUUUUCACAGUUUUUAAGUAAGUUUUUCAACAUUUAUCUCUUUUGGAAUAUAUUGCAUAUUGAUAGAUGUUGAAAACACAUAUGUGAUCGUUGUGAAAAUCAAAACAUUGCAAUCAUUUCCUCUA